GAGCGGCGGCGCCGGUCAUUCUUUCAACAACUGUGUACCAAAACAAUUUGUGUUUUAAAUAUUAUGUAGCAAAGUUAUUUUUAGAUUGACAGUGCUGUGUGGAUUUUGUUAAGUGAUAUGUGAGUUUAGUGUUUACUUUUUUUUUUGUUAUUGGAACGCUUUCUGCUUGUUCUACGGACGGCGAUUGCCAAUGGUAUAGAAUUCGCAAUGACUGAAGGUCAACUUCCGACGAUAGAAUUCGAUGAAUCGUACAAAUUCUACGUGAUACAAUUUCUGCAACAGCCCUUCCAGAACAUCGAUGACUUGGUCUGUGUGCCUAAGACUUGGAUAGAUGAUAGAAAAUCCAAGGGGGUGUAUGCUGCCUACCCUUCCGAAAGACUGUCAUCGACUAGGAGCCUUGUGAAAUCGGGACUGGCUUAUGAUAAGGAAUGGAAGUUUUAUCUGUGCGCACCUAAAUAUAAAACAUAUUGUCCGUGGGAUGCUGAAAAUAUUAUACGCGUAGAGAGCAGCAAAAAAAUCCAAGCGGAAUUAGAAGCUCUACAAGUACUCCCUUCAAAACCGAAUGCUGCUCAAGAAAACAAACCCAAGACCAAAUCGAAGAUGAACAUGCGAGAUGAAUUAACACAGUCUCUUAAACGCAAAGUAUCAGAAUGCAAUAGGAAUAUAAAAGCUGCUAGAAUUGAAUCAGCUACUGAUGUACCUGAACCUACAAGCAACCUUUCCAUCUCCGAAAAGAAAUCUGUCUUCUGUAAAGACUUGGCAGUUAAGAUAUCCAGAUUACCAGAAAUAUUUGUUACAAAAUCUAAACUAUCAGGUCUUACUGAUAGUGAACAAGAAAACACAAAUAAUACGUCUUGCGACAAGAAAAUGCAUUCACAUCAUACAGAACCAGGAACUUCAAGUGGAAAUUGUCAUAGAAGAACAUCAGACUCAGAAGUUGAUGUAACUACUAGUUCCAGUUCAAGUUCUUUAUUGCAAAUUCUUAAAGAAACACCUGGUCCUUCAUAUACUCGAAAAAAUAGCUCAACAUCUGGUACUUCUAGCCAAUCUGGUCAGCUUACAGCAAAUACAACCCAGAAUGCUUCGACUAUAAGUUCCUCUCAGAAAUUGGAUAGUAAAGUAUCUAAACAAAGCAUUUCAAAUCCAAGCAAAACUGAUGUCAAUCCGCCUUUACAAAUUAAUAUAAACAAUCCACCAGCUAAGGCUGAACGAAGACAGUCGGUGAAAAAAUCUACAGACGUAAACACAUCAAAUAAAAUUGAAAACUACCCCAAUGUUACACCUCAAGAUAAACGUCUUUUACAAGAUUUUAUUGCGUCUGGCGGCCUACAAGGUGUCGAUCAUGUAUACUUAGAAAGUUGCUUAAAAUAUUUACAGGAAAAUACGCAAGUUAUGCAAAAUGCGCCAGUUGCUCCGCCAAAUACACAAGGACUGCACCUAGCUCCACAAAUGUCACCACAAGCCUUACAAGCUGCACAGGUUGUUCCAUUAGCUAUGCAAGCAGUAGAAGCUACUCCACAGACUAAGCAAGAUGAGCAAGCUACUUUACAACCUAUGCAAGCCACGAAAUCUACUCCGUUACCUGCGCAAGCAUCGCAGAUUGCUCUUAAAGCUAUGCUUGCUGAACAAGUUGCUCCUAAACGAGCCAUAAAUACACCUCCCGGAAGCCUAUCUUACCCAAUAACAGCAAAUACGCCUGCUCUAUACCAAGACCCACAUGAACGACAAAUUACAAGUGAAAGAUCUUCAAAGAAGAACGAUCCAACUUAUUCACAAAGCAGGGCACCUCUUUAUUUAGAGUUGCGCAACGAAAAUUCUGCGACUGCAUUACCAUCAAAACAGCUUCAUACUUCAGCAUCCAAAAAAAUUACAAAGAAAAAGAAGAUUAAAAAACGAGAACGAAAAGGUGUCAACAAUGAAGGUGGAUGUAAUGAUAGUUCUGAUGAUAGUGAUAGCCAUAAUAAUGACGACAGUGAUACUUCUGAUGAUGAUUUUGUUAAAAACAUUAAGCGAAAUAUAAAGAGUAAUCCUCGCAAUUCUUGCAAGGGUAAUAAAUUAGAUGAUAAAGGAGGUACAAGUUCCAGUAAUGGUAAUAAGCAAUCCGAUGGUAAGACGCAUAAGGCCCAAGAUGUUAAGGAGACUGCUGAUAGUGAUGGCGAUAAAAAUUUUAAAUCGGAUUCUAACAAUCCUACUGACGAACCGAAGAGGCGAGGCAAGAAAUAUCCAUUUGUGUUGCCGCGAGAAUAUUCACCAACAAAUUCAAGAUGGACGUUAUUACAUCAAAAGAAGACUUAUAUUAAUAAGGAACUUCUGCCCAAAAGUCGUAUUUACGUACAUGCGAAUAAAUUGGCACAUGUUAAAAGAAUAUCUAAUAAUUAUAAGGAAUUUGCGAGGAUGUUGUUGACGUUGAUUUUUACUCGAAAAGCGUUGAGAGUAUGUUCAUGGACCGGGGCCAGAGCUAAUGCUUUUGCAGUAGACGAAAAUGACGUAAGACCAGGUUUGGAUGAGAAUGCAAGACAGGUGAUGUUAACUUAUGUGGAAAGAUUUGGACGGAAGAAGGGCUGGGGCAUCUAUGACGAACAAAGUGUUGUUAAUUCUGUUCGCGCGAAAAUUCAAGACUUUAGAAGAAUAUAUACUAGACAGCUAAUGAACAAACCAAAGCAAUAA